UAUACGAGUGCACCUGGUCCACAAAUCCACUGAACAAAAUUGAACAGGGUGAACCAGGUGACAAAUCCCACUAGUUUGCAGUUCGGGUUGCCUACGAAAAGGCAAAUGUGUUCAAACGUGAAUACUUGAGUACAAGUACUCAAGCCGCGGCCAGGCUGUGUUGACAUAAUCGUAAUGCCGUCGGAACUCGGAAGUGACCGAGGGACAAAUGCCGCUUAAUCUUUAAAUGAAAUUCUUUUUGAACUGAUAAGCAUAAGUAAACUUGAACGAAAACAGUGUGCACGAUAAAGCGCAAGACAAGAAAGAACAAAGCGAUUGUCAAAUGCAACACCCCUCGACAUUCUCGCGUCACGCUCUGCUCCGAUCAUACCGCCAGUGACACUCUGUGUGGCUGCAGUGUUCCUUCUAAUUGGAAGAUAAAAAGAUAAGCCGAGAUUCUUCUCGCUGCUACGUAGAAACUCUUGUUUAUAAAGAAUAGUUUCGGAAAAAAUGGCUCCGUCGUGCUUCGAAGUGAUUUUGGUUGCCUCUAUUUUGGUGUUGCCAUUUCUCUACGAAACAAGCCGGACUUUUAGAUACUAUUUCAAGUUUCUUGUCUAUUAUGGUGUCGUUAUGGUAAAUGCGUUAUUACUGACUCCGUACUUUUGUUUCCGGCCUUACAACGUCAGGAAUUUGGUUGUCGCUUCCAGUUGGUGUCGCCACGUUAAUUCAUUGCUCGGAUUACGGUGGGAACUCAGAGGGAGAGAGCAUUUGGAAAAAGAGCAGGCAUGUGUGAUUGUCGCAAACCACCAGAGCUCAAUGGAUAUUUUAGGAAUGUUCGAAAUAUGGCCAGUUAUGGAUAAAUGUACAGUAAUAGCCAAAAAAGAAAUUUUCUACGUCUGGCCUUUCGGUCUUGCUGCUUGGCUUUGUGGACUCAUAUUUAUUGAUAGAAUUAAUUCGGAUAAGGCUCGUACUGUUAUAAACGAGGCCACUCAGGAUAUCAAAGAUAAAAAGAUAAAACUGUGGUUUUUCCCGGAGGGCACGAGACGUAAUACUGGAGACAUUCAUCCGUUCAAGAAAGGUGCUUUCCAUGUCGCCAUCAAUUCUCAACUACCUGUACUGCCUGUAGUUUUUUCGUCAUACUAUUUUCUAUGCAAAGAAGAAAAACGACUGGACCCUGGUCGAAUAAUUGUGACGACACUUCCACCAAUUCCCACGGUGGGUUUAAGCACAAACGAUGUUGAGGCGUUGAUGGAGAAAACAAGACAAAAGAUGACUGAAACCCUACAUGCGACUAAUCUAGAAAUUCAACAGUCGCCCACAGCCAACAAACGGCAUAUAGAAUAAGAAGUUAUGUAGAUUAGCCCGUAAUCGUCCACUAUUUUCUGGCGUCCUUCUAUCGUCCGCGUGGGUCCACAUGUACCCGCAAUAUAUAGAGGUGAAAAAAACACUUAAAUUUCUGUUUUUUUUUUAACUUAGUAUAGUGAAAUAAAUUUGCCAGGAUCUCAGAAAUACGAAUUUAUAAGUAAAUUUUUGAAAGUUUAAUUCUGAAAAGAACAAUGGCAAAUAUUAUUUAAAACGAAAAAUUAGCUAAAGUGAAGAGAAAUUCGCAUCUAAAAAGAGCUAUAAGUGGUUUUAAUUCCUGUUUGAAAAAGUAUAUUUGCGUAUACUUAUUAAAUGCGCCGCAUUUUUCUUUUAAUUUUCAAGGCCUGCUUCCUUCGCAAAACUUUGCUCUCCCCUUUACAGGAACAUAGUUUGAAGGAUGCCAGUGGGUCCUUGUGGACCCACGCGGACGGCUACGGGUUAACGACGAUAAGGAAAUUUGGAAAGAUAAGUCCUUGAAUACUUUUUAAGCUCGCUUUUAAGGAUGCCAUAAUUUUAUCUCAGCGAUGGAACCAAAGACUUAAGUCCAUGUUUUUACAAUACUGAUUUGAGAUUUAUGAUAUAUCGUUACAAGGAAUUCACAUCCAACGACUAGAGUUCUUCUCUUUCUCACUUCGUUGCUUGAUACAUAAAGAAGAAAAUCCCGAUAUUUUUGUUGCUAAUCAUCUAAGGUAGUCUUAUAUGUGAAUUUCUAAAAACCCCAAAGAAAAUCUUCGUAAAUAAGAGAGAAUGUUUUAGUUAAAAAGUUUUAAAUGGUCGAUGAUGUUUGACCUUUGUCUUCUGCCAUUGUAGGCUAUUAUUUUUAGAUGAUUUCGGUUCGAAACUCCAUCGCUUUUAGCGACAAUCAUUCGUUUUACUGACCAAAUAUAUAUUCCAGGCACAAUUUAUUAUCUAAAUUUAUAAAUCGUACAAAUUAUUGGGUUGCGAUUCUGCCGACUUUUACAAACGCAGAUCACAGUACCUUCAAAGCACAACUAAUCAAAUCGUUUUCAAUCGCACUGUCUUAUUGAUGAAAAAGAUUCUAUUGAUCUUUUAAAUUCGCUUCGUAUUAAGUAGACAAUUUUUGUAAUAAGGCCGAGCAUUAAUUAUUCAAAGAAUUCAUCGGUCGUAACUGACCUAGAAGGAAUAACUUCGUCAUUUAUUUACCAUAGUAAUUGUUGCUGGUAAAUAUAACUUUCGUGCAUGACGAUGAGUAUUGCGAUAUUAAUUUUCUGAAUAUUUUAAAAGAAAUUAGGCUCUAUUUUAAUUAGGUUUAAAUAUUGUGUCUUCGGUAAAGUUAAAGUUACGUAUUGAAUUUUGUUUCUGUUACAAUUUCAACGAUUUAAAAAAAUUUCAACAAGUAAAAUUAACUUUGCUUCAGACACAGGAAGCUUUAAGGUGUAAAAGUUUUGUAAGUCUUUUGCAGAAAUGUGUCCAAAGUGUGAAUACUGAAUCUGUAUUAUUAAUAUAUUGGGCACACUAUUUUAUUCGAGGGGAACAUAAUAUCUGUAAUCGACAUCAUUACUUGCAGUUGGAGAUUUUCAAAAUCAUAACUCAUUUUGUAAGAAUUGUUUAAACAGGGUGGCCAUAUUCUUUUAAAUUUUCGUCUUCCGGUUUUCUCUCGGUUCUCCCGGUGAAUAUUCGUGAUUUCUCCCGGUUUAUAAAAAAAUUAACUUUCGUUGCAAAACCCAGGGGCUUUUCACAUAUAAUAUAAAUUGCGGAAGUCGAUAAUUGUCGGCAAACCUUUUUGUGAAUCCACACGCGCAAAUCGCGCCUUCAUGUCUCUGAAUUUAUAAUUACUGACAUGAAAAUAUGCAAAUUUAAAAAUCCAUGAUUAAAACAAUUUUUUAAUAUAAGGUUUUAAAUAUUUUUGAAAUAAUAGUUAAUAAUGAAUAAUUUAGAAUUUCAAGCUCUUGAAAUUUCAAAAAAAUAUAUAUAAGUGGAAGUGCUAAAAAAUAAAGAAUCGCUAUUUGAUUUGGAGAAUCAUGAAAUUAGAAUGAUCUUAGAUCAAAGACUUAAAAAAAAUGACGAUCUAAAAACGUUAAAAAUGGUAUAUUUAAGAUUCAAAUUUUGGAAAUUGGAUAGUUUAAAAUUAAGAGUAAUUGAAA